CACUUUACAGCUUUUGUUCCAUUUUUUUGUGAUCCAGAUGUCAGCAGCAGAUUUCCAAAACACGAGUUGUAGCCAUGGCGAUUGACUGGUAUGGUUUUGGAUUUGGCUCCUUGGUGAUUGCUGGUGGGGUUAUUGGCUACAAGAGGAAGGGCUCAUUGCCGUCCCUGAUAGCCGGCUUGAUCUUCGGACUGCUGCUGGAGUUCGGCGCAUUCCAGCUCUCCUUUGACCCGAACAAUAUUCUGCUAUCUUUAGUUGUGUCAGCGGUGCUGGGCUUGGUGAUGGGAAUACGCUUCCAAAAGUCGGGCAAGGUUAUGCCCGCCGGACUGGUUGCUCUUCUCAGCAUCUUGAACCUCGGACGACUGGUGCUCAGACUGCUGUGACGCCUGUUUGCCUGCCGUGGCGGCAGCGUCUCCACACCCGCUCGUCGCAAGCCCUUCUCGUUGGUAAUGACUCGUGCAGACGCCAAGACGACAGGUCGCUCGCUGCGGGUGUAAGUUGCGAUCGGACUGGCGUGUGCGUCACUGACGAACGUGAAGAUAUUAACCCUUGAGAUUUUUAAGAGAUUCUAAAGAGCGCAGUUGAAAUUCUAUAUUUGUUUUGUCCUCUCCUCACUUUCGCGUCAAUAAUAAUUUCCGUGUUUAAACACCCAGCCCGUUGUAGGUUUGUGAUGGGGUUGAUUACGUAAGUGUAUGGCGUGCCUGAGCUCUGUGAAAGCGAAGCCACCGUACGUGACGAGUCGCGUGCUGCUGCUGCUGUUCGCUCGCGUUUCAAUUUAAAACGAGCGCUCUGUGCCGUCUCAGAAAUUGCUUCACACGACUGCUUUUUUUGGAAGCCGAUUUGUGCGGAUCCCAUCGAAUACCAGCAGCUCGGUCCUGCGUGGAGUGUUUAAGCCGACUGCUCGGGCAAUAACAAAAAACACCCAUUUAGGGAACAAUUUUUAGCCCGAAGAGUAAAAAAUGACCUCAAGUAUGGAACUCUGCCAGCCGCAUUGCAGGAUUACAGCUUUGUAGUUUGGCUCUCAACCGCAGCACUUCAGACUUUCAACGUGUCAAAUUUGUAUGCGGGAUAAUUACCCUAUUGAAGUUAUUGUUUCCAAUGUUGCGUAAAGUAUGUACUGGGGUAGUGGGUGUGUUGUUAAACAUACACAUUAUAAUGCCUGUACAGUUGUAUCUUCACAUUUUCACCCAAUGUUUUCCCAAUUGUGUUAUCGGCGUCACAGCACGAGACAAAUCAUCCAUUUGGAAAUUUCACAGCAGUUCAGCCCCGCGUGUUAGAGAACAGCCUCUUGAAGCAGACAUUGCAGAGUUACUCAAAGAUCCCUUAAAGUGACCUCUUGUCCACACUCAGAGACAGCACCCGUCCUGCUACGAAAAAAUAUUCAUCACCUGACAGUCAAACAGAUAUUCUUCAUUCUCACAACAAAAUAUAGUCAAUUAAGUGCAAAAUUACUUUGAAAUAGGAUGUUUUUUUUAGUGCGACUAUAUUGGUAACCAAUUUCUGAGUUCAUCACUUCACUACUCUUGAGUCCGCAGCAGUUGCCUGGGCUCGAACCCAGGCAAAUCUCAUCAUCGUCAGCUCAGCGCUCUGACUUCUGAGCCACCGGACUUCCUCACAGAGCAAUGAAAUUCGUGAGAAAAACAUAUCUACCACCAUUGGAACCUCCUUUGCCAGUAGCAAAAUAUGAUAAUUGUUUUUUUACCCUUUUAUCUGGCAACAAAACUGACCUUUUUUUUACUACUGGCAAAGGAGGUUCCAAUGGUGUAAAUGCUUACCCCGAGCUCUCAUACUCUGAUGGUGCAUUGUCUUUGAGUUGUGUGCCUUUUAGCGUCAUCUGGUCCAACACCAUGUGAGACUAGGCUCUAAGAAAAGCUGUCUCGGGUGUGGACCAAUUCAUUUCAAGGACAGUGCAUACAUUAUCAGAGUUGUGUUUUUGUUUGCAUUCGGACUGCAGGUAUUGUGGUCAAUCCAAACAUGACUCCUUGUAAAAAAGGUGUCAGUUUUGUUGCCAGAUAAAAGGGUAAAAAACAAUUAUCAAAAACAUAUCUACUCUCACGAGACCAUCGACCCACUAGAUUAGAGAACCCGUUUUUUGAACCUCGGGCUUCUGCCGAGCGGAAUUUUGGUAUCCUUGACAAAGACCUCCGCAGCAUUACGUGGACGUAGUUCCAUAACGGAGAUCUUCCAUGAGGCCAUGUGAGAGACAUUGUGCAGAACAUCAGUGCACGAUGGCCGUCACUUCUCAUGGCUCCCGCAGAGAGCUUGAGUUCACGCGAGCGCAGUUGUGUUUUAAAUGACCGUCUCCAAUGCUCAAUUGGCUUUACUUUGGUAUUGCUUUGUCUUCAGUGAAGCCCUGAAAUCCUGGAUUUAACCACCGCUGUUUCACAACCUGCUGAUCACACGUAUUUAAAGUGUGAAGCACAUUCAGAAGUUCUCUGUUUAAUGCGGCAAAGUAACAGAGAGAACCAACUCACGGCCAAGUGAAAAGUCCUGGCAUUUUAAUUUGCUUGUGCCUCUUUGUACGUAUUGGCCGCAGCACCUACAGAUGCUCAUUGAAGCACGAAUCCCUUUCCAGUCAUCGCCACCAGCCAUGAUCAAUCCACUGCUGGCUGCAGGCCCCUCUCUAAGCCGUCACGAUCUCACUGCCAUCACAGUACCACGUGGCAAUUCAAAUGGCAGGUGGCGUAUCGGUUGCAUCUUGCCUGGCGUGGCCGACUGUCACUGGCCGCGCGCUCUUUAAGCCGUGUCACAUGUUCUAGCCCUAUCGCACGGCGUUUGCUUUCGUGUCAAAUCGACGCAGCUUAUGAGAUCACCGCGAGUCAUUUUAUGUGGAUCCUAAAAAAACCCACGGGCAAUUUGCGAACGAAGCUGGUGUUAUUCGGGAUGAAGGUUGCGUUAUUUCGUCUGCGCCGUACUGCCGUUGUGGAGCUUUCUCAGGUUGAACGCCGAGACAACUUGUGUCGUGUAACGACCCGCGGGCACAAGAGCGUGCAGGCUCGAUGGCAGGAGCAACCCUGGGGCCGCACCGUGGCGGCGGCUGGCAAAGCGCAUCACAGCUCGUCGGCACGUUGACGAGGUGUCGUACGGAGAGAAAAUACACUCGUCUAUAAUUUAGUAAUGCGUUCUCGUGAGAGCGCUCUAAUAAGCUGAGAUGCCAUUAGAAGGCGUCGGACACAUGCUUAGGGAGAUUAGUAGGCACGUGCUCAAAUCGGCGUCAUAUAAAAUGGCAUGAGCACAAAUCUCUGUUGAUGCUUAAUGCAGGGGUCCAGAUGCGUACAGUUCUUGCGCCGUUUCAUUCCGAAAAAAUUAACCUUCACUGCUUCAGAUGGAUGUGAAUAAUGUUUUGAAUUUUAUGAUUUGUGGGUGUGUUUUUUUAUUAAAAGUGCACAAUUCCUGGUUCGGGUGAUUUCAAGAAGGAAUCGCAUUCAAUGUUUUUUUUCACAUUUUGAGAAGUGUUGCGUUUCAGCGUAAGUUGCUAAUACGUAAGGCUUGUUGCUAAAGCUGCGUUGAGUGCACGUACCGCUUGAAUUGUGAUUGCUUCGCGUCCGCUGCAUUGUACGCUUUGAUCUGUUUUACAAGACAUACACGUGGUAAUAUACAGAAAAAAAAACGCAAUUGAUGUUCAACAAUCCCUUGUGAAGUCUCACAAGCAAGAAAUCUCGGAAAAUGAAUUCAAACUCCAUUUCUCCACAAGUGUGUUCGACGUUGAGGCGAGGUGAUUUUAUGCACAUAAUAAAUUAUCGUGCAGUGCACGGUGCAUCUGUGGGGUGCAGCCUGGAGGUAGUGUCUCUCAUGAAACGAGACUGAAUGUCAAGCCAGCUGUUUGAACUCUGAAUGUUGGCUUUCAUGCCUCUCCGCUCCUGCCGCUGCAUCUGCAGCGGCCCCCGCACGUGCAGCCCUCGGUAGACGCACUGCUGGCUGAGUGCCUCCCCACGCCUGUGCGCGUUGUGGGGGGUUUUAUUUCUCUCCGCUUCAUGGUGAUCGCUGCGGGUUUAUGAAGGAGCGUUUACGCGGGGGCAGGGGAAGUGCAGUGCGAUGGAUUUUGAUCCGCUGCCCUCUGCUGCCCGCAACAUAACCUCGCAGAUAACCUCGCAGCAGCAGCAGCAGCAGUCUAUACCGGCUGUCGUGCAUGGCGGUCGCCCAUUCAAACACGACGCAGACUUAAACCUGCUUGCUUCUGAAGAAGUAUGACGAGAUCGGGUGCGUUGCAGAUUAUUUUGUCCGAGGCUUAUAUUGUGAUGCAAUUGAGCAUGAAGCUGCGAGUGUACUUAUGUGCUGUAUGUUGAACUUUGUUCGCACCGUACGUAGCCAUCCGUGCUAAUGAGAGGUGCGAGUGGCGUGUAAUCAUGCUCACGUAGAGUCGACGUCCUUUAUAACAACACGAAGUGUGUUUUGUGUUUAUUCUUGAAAGUAAACAUCUCCCUUCA